AUGGGGAUUUGCUUGAGUGCCCAGGUCAAAGCUGAGAGCCCAGGAGGAAGUCUAAAGUAUAUGUGCUCUGACGCCAAGAACACUGGAAGUCUUGGGAGUAAGGGUUCGUCUGUGUCUGUUAGACCAAGUCCUCGAACUGAAGGUGAGAUCUUACAGUCUCCAAACCUCAAGAGUUUCAGCUUCUCCGAGCUCAAAUCCGCAACCAGGAAUUUCAGACCAGACAGUGUCCUUGGUGAAGGUGGAUUCGGUUGUGUGUUCAAAGGAUGGAUCGAUGAGAAGUCUCUCACUGCCUCAAGACCAGGCACUGGUUUGGUUAUUGCUGUCAAAAAGCUUAACCAAGAUGGUUGGCAAGGUCACCAAGAAUGGCUGGCUGAAGUGAAUUACCUUGGCCAAUUUUCUCAUGGACACCUUGUGAAGCUGAUCGGUUAUUGCUUAGAGGAUGAGCACCGUCUUCUUGUUUACGAGUUCAUGCCUCGUGGUAGCUUAGAGAAUCAUCUUUUCAGGAGGGGUUUAUAUUUCCAAUCGUUAUCAUGGAAACUCCGGUUGAAAGUUGCUCUAGGUGCUGCAAAAGGCCUUGCUUUUCUUCACAGUUCUGAGACAAGAGUGAUCUACCGUGAUUUCAAGACUUCUAAUAUCCUUCUUGAUUCGGAGUACAAUGCAAAGCUUUCUGAUUUUGGGUUGGCAAAGGAUGGGCCAAUAGGUGAUAAAAGUCACGUCUCUACACGUGUCAUGGGUACUCACGGAUAUGCAGCUCCUGAAUACCUCGCAACUGGUCAUCUAACAACAAAGAGUGAUGUCUAUAGCUUUGGGGUUGUCCUUCUGGAGCUCUUGUCCGGUCGUCGAGCCGUGGACAAGAACCGACCAUCGGGAGAGAGGAACCUAGUGGAGUGGGCUAAACCAUACCUUGCAAACAAAAGAAAGAUAUUCAGAGUCAUUGAUAAUCGUCUUCAAGACCAAUACUCCAUGGAAGAAGCAUGUAAAGUGGCUACUCUGUCUCUGAGAUGUCUCACCACAGAGGUUAAGCUUAGACCAAACAUGAGCGAGGUCGUUUCUCAGCUUGAACACAUUCAGUCUUUAAAUGCUAACAGAGGAGGCAAUAUGGAUAGGACAGAGAGACGAAUGCGUAGGAGAAGUGACAGCAUUAUCACCAAAAAGCCAAAUGCUGGUUUUGCUCGGCAGACAGCUGUGGGAAGUACAGUUGUUGCUUAUCCUUGCCCAUCGGCCUCACCACUGUAUGUCUGA